UGCAUUCGAAGACUACUUGUAGUCCAAGGACAUCCCUCGUUGAACUCUUCUUUCUCAUGAAUCACUGGCCUCCUCUCACUCAGCUCGCAGCUGUGUGUUAUUGGGAAUCGAGGCACCUCCCUGCUGAAGUAGAGACAAUCACACUCGUUUUCUACACCAUUGCAGCCGGACGGAUUCAGUCCUGUAAACAGUCAUUUCAGUGCUUUCAUCGUUUUAUCGUCAAAUGAUUGACUCAACAGAUUGGAUAUGGUGAUAAGGCAGUGUGCAUGACUACAUGCGAUACAAGUGGAGGUAAAAUUUUGAUUUGACAUUUCAGUGCAAGUUUGUACACCACUAGCGACUGUCACGCUUCUUGAAUCUUCUGCAUCUGGAAAGAUCACAAUAAACUUUGAAAAUGGCUGCUGCUCUCAAGAGCCAGGAUCCAGUUUUGCAGGAGCCAGAGGAGGAGGGAAUUCCUCAAGGGAUCUGUGCAGUGCUCCUUGGUCCACCAGGAGCAGGGAAAGGAGUCCAGGCACCCAAGCUUGCAGACAAGUACUGCGUAUGUCACCUGGCCACGGGUGAUAUGCUGAGGGCAGUCAUCGCCUCGGGAUCGGAUCUUGGUAAGAAGUUGAAGGUGGUGUUGGACAGCGGGAAGCUCGUCAGCGAUGAGCUGGUCGUGGAGAUGAUCGAUAACAAGCUGGACACUGCAGAGUGCAAGAAUGGCUUCCUCCUCGAUGGCUUCCCAAGGACAGUCGUCCAGGCCGAGAAGCUGGAUGAACUCCUUAAGAAGAGGAAGACUGCCCUAGACUCGGUAGUGGAGUUUGGUAUUGAUGACACGCUGCUUGUGAAGAGAAUCACAGGACGGCUCAUCCACAAACCCAGCGGAAGAUCUUAUCACACAGAAUUUAACCCUCCAAAGAAACCUAUGACUGAUGAUGUAACUGGUGAGCCACUCAUCAAACGAUCGGACGAUAAUGAGGAGACUCUGAAGACACGCCUUGAGGCCUACCACAAGCAGACCGCACCCCUCGUUGAUUAUUACUCUAAACGUGGCAUCCAUCAACGUAUCGAUGCCGCUAGGGCACCCGAUGCGGUAUACGCCAGCAUCCAAUCGAUAUUCGCAAAGGCGCAGACUGCAAGGAAAGAUAAAGUUGUAUUCAUUUGAUUGUAGAACUGUAUAUUAAAAGAGUGAGAGUGUGACAAGUCACCACAAAGCAUGGAUAGAGAAAUGAAAGAAAAAUCUUCAGGGUCAGGAAUGUGUUUGAAAUGCAUCGGUGGACAGACGUAAAUGAUGCAUGCUUUGCAUGUUCUGGGCCACAUUUUACAAAGAAUUGCGAUUGAUCAGAUCAAUCUCAAUUAUAGCCAGAAAGGUCAACAUCUAAAAUGCAUGAUAAUUC